UGUGGCGCAAGAAGGUUGCACAUGCGCAGUCGGGACAGGGCAUUAGAAUAGGACCUGCUCAAUGACCCAGGCUUUGCGCAUGCGUCUUACUGCGAACUGAAGCCGAACUUCGGAGGCCCAGGACGCUUUUCUGCACAUGCGCAGGAGGCUCAAUGACAGUCGAGCGUUGGCUAAGGCUCCGGGGAAAGGGUCUGGCUAUGCUGCAUGUGACCCGGGGGGUCUGGGGAUCCAGGGUCCGAGUAUGGACCCUGUUGCCCACGGUCCUUGGGCACCCCCGGGCCCUGUCAUCGCUGGCGGCCAAGAUGGGGGAGUACCGCAGGAUGUGGAACCCCACGCAACCCCGCGACUGGUCCCAGCAGUACCGCGAGCGGUUCAUCCCGUUCUCCAAGGAGCAGCUGCUCCGCCUCCUGAUACAGGAGUUCCAUUCCAGUCCUGCGGAUAAAGUGGCUUUGGAGGAGUUUGCCGCCCAUGUGGACUUCUGUACCUUGUUCCAUUACCAUCACAUCCUGGCCCAGCUGCAGGCCUUGUAUGACCCCAUCAACCCUGACAGGGAGACCCUUGACCAGCCUUCACUUACCGACUCCCAGCGUCUGUCCAAAGAGCAGGAAGUGCUUCAGGCUUUGGAACCCCUGCUGGCUCAGGCCAACUUCUCCCUGCUCUCCGAGGACGCCAUGGCCUACGCUCUGGUGGUCCAUCACCCUCAAGAUGAGGUCCAGGUGACAAUAAAUUUGGAUCAGUAUAUCUACAUGCAUUUCUGGGCCCUGGGCCAGCGAGUUGGGCAGAUGCCCCGUAAGUCCAGCGUGGGCUCCAAGCGUGGCUUCUUCAAGUCGCCCCCCGCAGAGAGGAGAUACUUUAAACGGGUGGUGCUAGCAGCCCGGACAAAGCAGGGGCACUUGGUGCUGAAGAGUUUCAAGGACACACCGUUGGAGGGCCUGGAGCAGCUGCUGCCCGAGCUGAAGGUGCGCACGUCCACCCUGCAGCGUGCCCUGCUCAAUUUCACGCUGGUCGUCUCAGGUGUGGUCUUCUUUGUCAAUGUGGGCAUGGUCGUGCUCUCUGACUUCAAGAUGGCCACCUCCCUGCUGCUGCUGUUCUUUGCUGCCUUCAUGGGCCUGCGGGCCUCCAAGAUGUUUGGACAGCGGCGCAGCGCGCAUGCGCUGGAGCUGGCGCAUAUGCUCUACUACCGCAGCACGUCCAACAACUCCGAGCUGCUCAGCGCCCUGGCCCUGCGCGCGCAGGACGAGCACGCCAAGGAGGCGCUGCUGGCCCACAGCUUCCUGGCCCGGCGGCCCCGGGGGUCCCACAACCGGCCGGAAGAGACCUCCCAGUGGCUCCAGUCGGAGGUGGAGAACUGGCUCCUGGCCCAGUCAGGCUGUGACGUGGCCUUCAACGGAACUCGGGCCCUGGCCCACCUGCAAGCCCUGACCCCCAACAUCGGGAUGUACCCGCCCCCGGGUUUCCCCAAACUAGACUCAUUGGCUGCUAUCACUUCCCCCAAGGCCACACCCAGCAGUGACAACCCCUGACAGAAACCUCUCUUGCCCAUCCCCGCCCAGCCACCUGGUCGGGAACUAAGCCCCGCUUCCUCCAUGACGAGCUGUCAAUCACGGCUACUUGGCUUUGCCCCUCCCCGCCUUCGAAGUACUCCCUGGCGACCGCCACUUCCGUUACGCUGUUUUCUUAAACAAAGCCGCGCAUCGAGGCAGCCCGCCGUUGCUAGGUCCCUUCUUCCGAUGAGCGGCCAAUCAAAGCUUUUUGGCUCAGCGCCUGUUCCAUCUCUUAGUCUCACCCCCACCAUAAACAUCUAAACGUGGUUUGGCUGAGGAGGGAGGGUCAGCCAAUCACAGCUGUUCAUCGCUGCAAACCACCAGGCACAGUUGUUAAACUGAGCCCUCCCGAGGGUAUCUGUCACUGUCUUUUUACCCCGCACCCGCACGGGGCAAAACUGCCCAUCCUCUUCACCGAGGCGGAGCUUUAACCCGCAGCCAAUGAGAGCCGUUUAGCUCGGUUCUCUGGCAACCCGCCAAUGACAGCUGCCGAGCACUACCAACCUUGGGCAGCCGGUUGUCCCUGUGUCAAGCAACCAAUCAGAAUUUCUAACGGAGACUUGAUCUUUCUACCAAUUGCCGCUACUUAUAAGGCAGGCCAUUUGAUCAAAUACUAAUCAGCUGGUCCAGGCUGAAGGGGUGGGGAGCUUUGUCCCAGGCAGAAAGCUGUGGGCCAGUAGGAAUCAGAGACCAUCUUCACCCCAAGGCUCAGGUCCACUCAGGCCCCCAAAACAAAACUCAGGUGACUUCCCUGCCCAAGUCCCUCACCCUUCCUACAGAAACUACCUCGGCCUGGAUCUUGCCUCCACCAGUGGCCUGUGCAAUAUUUACUGAUCUAUCGAUGUCUCCCGCUGUCCCCUCUCCCAAAGGAAUAAAUCAUGUUGAAUAAA